UUGCUAAUAAAAGGGAGGCCAUUUUUUUCAUCUCAAGGAAGACUUCUGUUUUUGCUCUCUGACAACACACACGAUUCUCUCUCCUCAGGCAUGGCGGAUGACUAUGAUGUAGAAGAUAUGCUCGAAGAAGUGUAUAACAAGAAACCCUCAUCAGAGGAGGUGUACACUGCUCAACUAUCUGAGGACGUCUCAAGGCCACAUGCACAUAUUUGUACACAUAGCUUUAUUUGUACAGGUUACACCCUCCCCCUGUGAUAUGGCUCACCCACCGAAUGGUUCUGGAGGGGACAGCAGAAAGGACGACAAAAAAAGACACAAACGUCACAAGAGUCGCAGCAAAUCACCGCACAGAAGGCAUAGGCAUAGGAGGCGCAGUGGUAGCAAGGAGAGGCGACGUAGCCGAAGUGGCGACCGAAGACGUCGCAGGUCUCAUAGCCGUAGUCCCAGGAGAAGAUCAAGGAGCCCUCGGAGACAAUCACGUGACAUGAGACGGAACAAACGAUCGCCCACUCCUGAGAGGAGGCCUUCCUUUGCUGGGGCACCACCACCUGGCCCAGGCCCAGUAGCUCCACCCAUGUACAAGCGUGUUGGAGGGCGUUCCCCUGAGCCAGAGAUCCCCACAGAAGAUAGAGACAGGCGUACAGUCAUGUGCAUGCAGCUGGCCGCCAAGAUAGGGCCCAGGCAUCUAGAGGAGUUCUUCCAGAAAGUCGGUCAAGUGAGAGAGGUGAAGAUGAUUGCUGACAAGAACUCGAGGCGCUCAAAAGGAAUAGCAUAUGUGGAAUUUCAUGACGAGUCCAGUGUCAUGGAGGCAAUGAGACUGACUGGCCAGAAGUUGUACGGUGUGCCUAUCAUUGUCCAACCCACCAUGGCAGAGAAGAACCGUCUUGCAGCACAGGCACAGAACCUCAUGAAACAGGAGGGGCCCAGGAAAGUGUAUGUGGGCAAUCUGAGUCCAAGCAUCACUGACGGCAUGUUAAAGAAGAUCUUUGAGCCUUUUGGUAAUAUUGAGAAGCUGACAGUCCAGAGAGACGAUGGAGGGAAGUCAAAGGGCUUUGGUUUUAUUGAGUUCAAAGACUCUGGCUCUGCCGAGAGGGCUGUUCAAAACCUCAAUGAUUUUGAGAUUCUGGACCGUAAAAUCAAGGUCACCCUGGUCACUGACAACCCUACGGGUGGUGGUGGUGCCAUGGAACUACUGGAUGGGGACGAGUUCCAGGGAGGAGUGGGACUCACUCUACAGUCCAGGGCUAGUCUCAUGGCCAAGCUAGCAGAGACACACAAUGUUGGACUAGUUCCUCCUACAGUUACCAUGCCAGUGAUGUCCACCUGCUUCAUGCUCAGCAACAUGUUUGACCCCCAGUCUGAGACAGAGGCUGAUUGGGAGGUAGACAUACGAGACGAUGUGUUGGGAGAGUGUAGUGCUCAUGGUCCAGUGCUCCACAUCCAUGUGGACAUGUACUCCCAGGGAAAUGUGUAUGUGAAGUGUGCUACUCCACAAAUUGCAGCCUCAGCUUUCCACGCUCUCAAUGGCCGUCUAUUCUCUGGCAAGAAGAUUGUGGCUCAGUUUAUCCCUGACGACACCUACCACUCCAAGUUCCCCGUUGCUUUGAGAGCCUCACAGCCACUUCAGCCUCUCAGUGAUCCCACUAUGGACUAAUGAACACUUAUAGACUCAUAACAUUAUGAUAGCUUGUGUAUUUAGUGAUUUGUGUAAUGUCUCUGGUUUGGGUAUACUGGGCAUUUGCCCCACCCACCAAUUCUAAUAAUGUGAAAAACAA